AUGGGAAAGUCAAAAAAGGGAAAAGGAUCCUCUGGUGACAAUGGGAAAAACGCACCAAAAUGCACGUGUGAUCAUCCCUUCAAUUGCGAUUGCGGCAACCGUCCCCCACGUCCCUCCAGAGGUCACAAAUGGGAUCCUGAAACUCAGCAAUGGGGAGGUAAAGGUCAUAAACAAAAGGGGGCAUCUGGACAGAUUUCCCAGGCAGGAAAACAAGCACAGACGACAGCGGUGGGUCAGACUCAAGUGGCGCAAUGGCAGAAACUACCGUCCACCAUCCUUCGCGACUAUUGCCAAAAGCAAAAGCGACCUCCUCCCAAAUUCAAGGAGUUGAUGAACGAUCAUGCCAAGAAAAAUUUCAAAGUACGGGUGAUUGUUCCUGACGGAAAGGAUAGCAACAAGGAUUUGAUUUUGAGGCCGGCACACCCAGUCGGAAAUGAGGAACAAGCUAAAGAGGAAGCCUCCUUACUUGCCUUGCUUCAAUUGACGCCAAACCUACCUCAUGAGCGCAAGCUACCAGAACCAUACAAAACAACAUGGCUAGCUGCUGUACAGGCACAGAAGGAUGCACAGGAAUCUGGAAACAGAAAGCCGAAAGGCAACAGUGGCGGUGAUUCCAAACCAGCUGCCCCUACAGCAAGCAGUGGCGGAAAAGGAAAUAGCAAAGCUUCCAGUAACACCAACCUUGCCCUAGGCAACACUUUUACAUCGCACGCUGAUCGACGAAAAUUUCAAGAAGAAAAGAAACGACAACAAAACGCUCGCAUCCACAAGCACGAAGCUAUUCGGAUGGCCAAUCGCAACCACCCCGUCUUUCUUUCGGCGACACUACGUCAACAGAUUCAACGGUUGCUAAAAGGAGAUACCAAUCUUGUAUUUGAUGAUUCUGCUGACGACGCUCCCCUAGAACCGUAUCAAUCUGAUCGGCAAGGAUAUGUGGAAGAACGACUGCACCAAGAAGGUUUCACGAAAAUACAAGCUCGAAAGGCUUUCGAGGAGCAGUCGAAAACAAAGAAACAUGCCGAUGAUAAUGAUGACGAAGAACUAUGGGAAGGUCUAUACGAUGACUGCCUGCAAUGGUUGUGUAUUCAUUUGGACGAAGAUCAGUUGCCAGAAGGAUUUGAUCCAAGAGGUGCGACACUGGAGAUUGUCUCCAACGGUCCAGUGACAAAAACGACUACUGGAACUACUGCUAAAACGGACGCUCCUGCUGUUUCACCUGAAGUGCGGAAAUUCGCAAAAGAACAUGGUCUCGUGGAACAGGAGGUGGCCCUUUUUGCAAAGUCAGCUACUAUCGGCAAAUCACUGGAAGAUGUAUUCUGGACAAAGGUCUGCGAACUUGCCAAUGUCAAUCUUGCUGGUGGUGACAGGCGUGGCAAUGCAACCGAGAACAAGCAAAUGUUUGAAGAGGAAAUGGAAGCUAUGGAGGCCAUCUUUCCGUCCGAUUGUGCCAUCACUAGCAUCAAUGGUCUAUCCAAUAUUGCAAUCAAGACUCCAGAAGACUUGGUUCUAAAUCUGGUGGUACCGUCCGAUCAGUAUCCAUCCGUUUUCCCGCUGAAGGUGCUUGUGACAGGUAAUUGGCCAAGUAGAGUGGGCCUCUCUUUCAACGUAGAACUGUUGAAGUUUGUUUCUACUUUGUCCCUCGGCGAGCCAAUGCUGUUUGAAAUCUAUGGACAAGUGCAGGAACUCUUUCAGACGUUGGACGAACUUCCAGCUGUAUCUUUGUCACCCCAAGCUAAACCUGCUGCCAAAACAAAUCAGUUGACACAAGGCAAGGGCACAGCACCCAAAAGUUCAAACGGCAAACAAUUUGAUGCGAAACAUACAAUGCACAGGGUUCAGAAGCGUCCAAGAGCUCGUGGUGAGUUCUGGUCCACUCUACCUACCAAAACUCCACCUGCGACUGCCUACCCGAAGAUUGAGAAAAAUCUUAGCGCCAUCCGAGCUCAACUCCCAGCUGGCAAGGCUCGUGCUGAUUUCCUUGUGCGCAUGAAGGAAGCCGAGAGUCUUAACCGAGUGGUCCUCGUCACUGGAGAUACUGGAUGUGGUAAAACUACACAGAUCCCACAGUUCAUCUUGGAGAACGCACCGAGUGAAUCUAAGAUUGUCGUUGCACAGCCCCGAAGAUUAGCAGCGACAGGUGUUGCUGCUCGUGUAGCUCAAGAGCGUGGAGAAGAAAAGCCUGGAACUGGCAGUGUUGGUUACGUUGUCCGUGGAGAUUCGGCGUAUUGCAAGAACACUAGGCUUCUAUUUUGCACUUUUGGUAUUAUACUGAGACAGCUGCAAUGCGCAGGUGCCCUCGAUUGCAUCACUCACAUUGUUAUUGAUGAGGUCCACGAGCGGAACUUGGAUGGCGAUGUUCUAAUGGCCCUUCUCCGAAAGGCCCUGUCAUCGCAACCGAACUUGAGAGUGAUCUUGAUGUCUGCCACACUCGAUGCAGAUCGUUUUGCUGCUUAUUGGGGUGACAAAACUCCACGAAUGCAUAUUCCUGGUCGCACAUUCCCAGUGGAAGACUUUUUCUUGGAGAAUGUAUUGGAUCUAACUGGAUACAUCCCACCAAAGAAGAAAAAGAAACGGUACUUCAAUUCCCAUAGUCAACCGCGACAAAGGAAGUCCACUCCCUGGAACGAUUCUGAAAUGUCAGAUCCCGAGGAUCAAGAAGAAGAAGAUAACGAAGAGUCGAAGUCAAGUGGAAACUUUGGCGGCCACGUCCCACCCUUGGAAGAGAGAGUUAAAAGAGUUGACGAGUCUAGCGUGGAUUACGACAUGCUUGGCCAGCUUGUUAGGUAUUUGAUUCAAAAGAAUGCCAUGGGUCGUGACGGUUCGAUUUUGGUUUUCCUUCCUGGUGCGCCUGAGAUUAACCAAGCAAAGGCAGUGGUAGGCAAAAUUACUGGAGGGCUAAAUGUAAACCUGCUGCCGCUUCAUGGUGGACUGCAACCGAAGGACCAGAAUGCUGUCUUCAAAAGUUACGGAGGGGUUACUAAAGUUAUCCUAAGUACAAAUGUGGCCGAAACCUCCAUUACAAUUCCGGACUGUACGGUUGUGAUUGAUUCCUGUCGUGAGAAGCAGAGUACGUAUGAUCCAGCCAACCGUAUGCCGAUGUUGAUUGAACAUUUUGCCUCGAAAGCAAGUUUGAAACAACGAAGAGGUCGUGCCGGUCGUGUCCGUUCUGGUAAAUGCUACAAGUUGAUUUCGAAAGCGACGCAUGAAAAACUAAGGGAACACACGGCACCCGAAAUCACCCGAUGUGCAUUGGAUCAGACCUUGCUAUCGCUGAUGUUCCUUGGAGUGGAGCAAGGAAAUGGGUCUUUUCUCAAGACCCUUUUGGACCCUCCAGCCCAGGAAUCUCUUGACGCGGCCGUUUUCAGUCUCUGGAAAGUUGGGGCCUUGGACCAUUCUUCUUCAAACAAAAAUGAUGAGCUUGACUUGACCCCUCUUGGAAUGCACCUUGCCGGUAUUCCUGCACCGCCUGUUGUUGGGAAGAUGCUGAUUAUGGGAUCCAUUCUUGGUUGUCGACGAGCUGCACUUGCAAUGGCCGCAGGAAUCAGUGCCGGAAGGUCACCAUUUCUGAAAAUAGAUCUCCGGGGUAGGCAAGGAGACAGUUCAGAAGAUGUCAAACAACGACGGGUUGUCGAGGAGAGAGCAAAGCUGUUUGAGCGAUCUGGCAAUAGUGACCACGCAAUGCUCGCCACUGCCUUUAUAGAAUGGGAAAGUAUCCCGCAUGGCGGCGGUGGGCGAAAGAGAUAUUGUGAUUCGAUAGGGUUGAGCUUUACUGGAAUACGCGAUAUUCUUCAACUUGUGAAUCAGUAUGACUCCUCGUUGACAGCUGCUGGCUAUGGAAAAUCGGCCGAGUCGGACUGCAAUGCUCACUCGUAUCGCAUUCUACGUACCUGUGCCAUUUCGUCAAUGGCCCCUGGGCAAUUGGUUCGUCUGCAUCGACCGUCUACAAAGUAUGCAGAUACUGCUGAAGGAGCCCGGGAGAAGGAUGGUGUUGCAAGAGAGAUGAAGUUCUUUGUUCGCAACCAAGAGGCAACCCUGGUGCCAUGGAAGUCCAAGAGUAACGACGACAGCUCACAGAAGGAAGAGCGUGUUUUCAUCCAUCCUUCAUCUGCGCUUUUCUCUGUUGGCAACUACAGCUGUCCCUGGUUAGUCUACCACAGCAUGGUCAAGACGAGCAAGCCAUUUCUUCGCGAUGCCACGGAAUGUAGUGCCUAUGCCCUGCUUCUCUUUGGAGGUCAACUGGAUGUCCAAGCACGCAAUGAUACCAUUGUGAUUGACAAUUGGGUCAAACUUUCGGCCAAUGCGAGGAUCGGUGCUCUGAUUCACGGCCUUCGAAGUAGAAUGGAUGAUCUAUUGGAAAGGAAGAUAAACGAUCCAAGCAUUCGCAUUUCAGAGACGCCUGAGAUGAGACUGAUCGUCAAACUCCUGAUCACGGACGGUCUAAUGUAG